AUGGCAGCUAGGGACCGCUUCGGUGCCUAUGCUGAGCCGGGACUAACACCGCUACAGCGGGCAAUUCGCAAUGCAUGCGACCCGCAAAACUACGAGCCUAAUCUGGCCCUGAACCUCGAAGUCGCGGACCUGAUCAACUCCAAGAAAGGCAAUGCACCUCGAGAAUCUGCUGUCGAAAUCGUUCAACUGAUCAAUGCCCGAAAUCAGAACGUCGCGUUGCUAGCUUUGGCGCUCCUCGAUAUUUGCGUGAAGAAUUGCGGAUACCCGUUCCAGCUCCAGAUUAGCACAAAAGAGUUCCUGAAUGAAUUGGUUCGAAGAUUCCCCGAACGGCCGCCUAUGCGCCCCUCGCGGGUCCAGCACCGCAUUUUAGAGUCAAUCGAGGAGUGGCGGCAAACCAUUUGCCAAACUUCACGCUAUAAAGAGGACUUGGGCUUCAUUCGGGAUAUGCAUCGCCUCCUACUCUACAAAGGCUACGCGUUUCCUGAAGUUCGUCGCGAAGAUGCUGCCGUUUUAAACCCUAGUGACAAUCUUCGUUCGGCCGAGGAAAUGGAAGAGGAAGAGAGAGAGGCACAGUCCGCUAAGCUCCAAGAACUAAUUCGUCGUGGUACGCCGGCAGAUCUACAGGAGGCUAACCGGCUAAUGAAGGUCAUGGCGGGAUACGAUAAUAGGCACAAAACUGACUACCGAGCGAAAGCUGCGGAGGAGGUCGGUCAGGUACAACAGAAGGCCAAAAUUUUGGAGGAGAUGCUACAAAAUCAACAGCCUGGGGAUCCUAUCCCAGAGGGUGGUGAUGUUUUCGAGGAACUUGCAAAUGCUUUGCAAAGUGCUCAUCCCAAGAUCCAGAAGAUGUGCGAAGAAGAAUCUGACGAUCCAGAGGCCGUUCACAAGCUAUUAGAGAUUAACGACAGCAUUCAUCGUACCAUCGAGCGAUACAAACUGAUCAAGAAAGGCGACGUGGAUGCUGCAUCGAAGAUUCCAAAGGGCACCUUGGGAACCACUACUGGAGUUUCCAAGAACGCCAACAACGAGCUGUCUCUGAUUGACUUCGACCCAGAGCCUAGCUCUAACGGCAACUUGGCCGAAUCGUCCCAGCCAGGCAACUCGCUAGAUAAUGAUUUACUUGGUCUCUCCUUGGGUGGCGAGAGCGCUUCUUUCGGUGGUGGAAUCUCCCUCGGGUCCUCUCAAGGUAUUUCCAUGGGAUCCCCCACAAUGUCGGGCCCAUCACCGCCUAUUGCAUCAACACAACAUGCACAGCAAUCUCCAGCAGCAUUCAAAGCCAAUUAUGACAUGCUUGCAUCGAUAAGCAACUCUCGUUCUGUCUCCCAGUCUUCCACCCCAGUUCCUGGGCCCUCGCCGCUUGUUCGGUCGACGGCGACGCCGCCGGCGGCUGAUCCAUUUGCCUCGCUGGUAUCUGCCAGUCCUCGGCCUGUCAGUGGAGCGUUCCAGCCUCCCACUUCAUUCAGUCCCGCUCCCCCAGGUGCAUCAUCCCUGUUCGACCUAGCAGGAGGUACCAGUUCUCCACAGCCUGCACAGGCAGCUGCAGAUGAUGACGAAUGGAACUUCGCAUCAUCUCUGCCACAGAGCAAUACACUGCCAGGAACUAACCAGGUGCGGGUCCUGGAAUCGCAGCUUCGGAUUGAAUUCCAAGCCCGACGGAUCCAGGCAAACCCCCGCCAGAUUUAUGUCAAGGCAUUGUUCUCCAAUAGCACAGAUCAGCCAAUCGGCAAUCUUCAUUUCCAGGUUGCCGUAGAAAAGUCCUAUACUCUCAAGCUCCGACCGCAGUCUGGCCGAGACAUCGCACCACAGCAACAGUAUGGCGUGCAUCAGGAGAUGCUCCUAGACGGCAUUGACUCAGGCAAAGGCAAUUCUAUUAAACUGCGGUUCAAGGUGUCGUACAUGCUUGGUACCGAACCUCGAGAGGAGCAGGGGAUGGUUCCACCUCUGGGUAUUUUCUAA